GCGGAGGGAUGUGGGGCUUUGGGGGAGGCAGGAUCUUCGGGAUCUUCUCCGCUCCCGUCCUGGUGGCCGUGGUCUGCUGCGCCCAGAGCGUGAACGAUCCGGGGAACAUGUCCUUCGUGAAAGAAACUGUGGAUAAAUUGUUGAAAGGCUACGACAUUCGCCUCCGGCCGGAUUUUGGAGGACCUCCUGUGUGCGUGGGGAUGAACAUAGACAUUGCCAGUAUCGACAUGGUUUCUGAAGUCAACAUGGAUUAUACCUUAACAAUGUAUUUUCAACAAUAUUGGAGAGAUAAGAGACUAGCCUAUGCUGGGAUACCUCUCAACCUUACGCUUGAUAAUCGAGUGGCAGAUCAACUCUGGGUGCCCGACACUUACUUUUUAAAUGACAAGAAGUCAUUUGUGCAUGGAGUUACAGUGAAAAAUCGAAUGAUUCGCCUUCAUCCAGAUGGAACAGUGCUGUAUGGCCUCAGAAUCACAACUACUGCAGCUUGUAUGAUGGACCUGAGAAGAUACCCAUUAGAUGAACAAAACUGUACUCUGGAAAUAGAGAGCUAUGGUUAUACAACAGAUGACAUAGAAUUUUACUGGAGAGGUGGAGAUAAUGCAGUCACAGGCGUAGAAAGGAUCGAGCUUCCGCAGUUCUCCAUUGUGGAAUACAGACUGGUGUCAAAGAAUGUUGUCUUCGCCACAGGUGCGUAUCCAAGACUCUCACUGAGCUUUAAGUUAAAGAGAAACAUUGGAUACUUUAUUCUUCAGACCUACAUGCCCUCUAUACUGAUUACCAUUUUAUCAUGGGUGUCAUUCUGGAUCAAUUAUGAUGCAUCAGCAGCAAGAGUUGCCCUUGGAAUUACAACUGUGCUGACUAUGACAACAAUCAACACUCAUCUUCGGGAGACUUUGCCUAAAAUUCCCUAUGUUAAAGCCAUUGACAUGUAUCUUAUGGGCUGCUUUGUAUUUGUCUUCUUGGCCUUACUUGAAUACGCCUUUGUCAAUUACAUCUUCUUUGGAAAAGGCCCUCAAAGGCAGAAGAAACUUGCAGAAAAGACAGCAAAGGCAAACACUGACGGCUCAAAAUUUGAAGGCAACCGGGUGGAUGCCCAUGGAAACAUUUUGCUAACAUCUCUUGAAAUUCACAAUGAAGUGGCAAGCCAUGAGGUUACAACCAGCGUUACUGAUGCUAGGAAUUCAACAAUAUCCUUUGACAACUCAGGAAUCCAGUACAGAAAACAAAGCGCGCAUCGGGAAAGCUUUGGAAGGCGUACAAUGGACAGAACAGUGCCCCACAGCAAGAAGAGCCAUUUACGGAGGAGGUCUUCACAGCUAAAAAUAAAAAUCCCUGAUCUAACGGAUGUGAAUGCCAUAGACAGAUGGUCGCGGGUGGUGUUUCCAUUCACAUUUUCUCUUUUCAAUUUAAUUUAUUGGUUAUAUUAUGUUAACUGAGUGACUGUACUUUUCUAAAAGACUUCAAUAAUAAUACAUGAGAUAUUGCUCUGCCUGUCAAGUUUAUAUAUAUAUGUAUAAUAUGAACUUUUAUUAUAUAUAAAAUACACAUGUAUGUGUGUAUACAUAUAUUGUGGAAGUGUGUAUAUAUAUAUAGACACGUGCACAAAAGUGUACUCUAUAUAUAUACACGCACACACACACACACGUAUACAUAUUCUGAGGUUAUGGACAAUUCAGUAUAGAAUGCACAUUAGAAGAACUUUUUUAAAUUGAAAGACAGGUGUCCUCAAAACAGUAAGCCUUGAGAAAAUUGAGUAUUGUAUAAUCUCACUUUGACUGUCAUAGAAAUUUUCAAACAGUUGUAAUCAUAUAUCAAGUCAGUAUUCGUAAACGUUGAUUGUAAAAGCUGACAUACACGUUGACCAUAAACCGACACCUUUCCAUUGGUAAGUUUAAAAUGUCAUUUGUAUUGCAUAUCAAUGUUACUUUGAUCAAGCCAAAUUCAUUUUCCUUGCUAACAGUUCUAGUUUUUAUAUGUUGUAAUAGAUUUUUUUCCUGUCAAUUUUCAGUGAUCGCUUGCUUUCUCUUCUGCAGUAAGUAAGCCUAAUCAUAGGGUGAGUGUUGCUUUAGUGUUUUGGAGAAAUUCAUAAUGUUUCCAAACAUGCAUCUUAAAUACCCAUCAGCAAUGAAAGGAAGUUUUUUGUAAGUACUAAAAUGUACAGUGCAAUUUUUUCACUUGGACUGGUUCCAGCUAAUAUGUCAUUCUGAAAAACAAGCACAUUUUUAGUGUAAUUUAGCUAAGAAUUCAACCACUGCCAAUGUGUUCUGCAUCUGCUAUAGAUUUUAAAGAUCAUUAUUCUAGUGAAAGCAUAAAGACAUCUCAGGUUAUUUGCUAAUUCAACAUGAAACCAUCAAGCUAUAUUCUUUAUUAAACAUGCAUUCACCUGAUCAAACAUUCUUAUAACAUUGUAUGUUAAUGUAAAAUAUAUUUGCAUAAUAUGCAUAUAUAUGUAUAUUUUAUCAAGAUUUUUCUUUUUGUGCUUGCUAUUGUGACCGCAUGCUAUGUCAUAUUUUUGUUUCUGUGGUGUUACAACUUUUUAUUAUCUAGACUUAAGCAAAAUAGACCAUUUCUAAUAUUUCAAUAACAGCAUUUUCAUAUUUUAUUUUGUACAUAUAGCAUAUACACGUAAAUUCAUACAGCUAGUAUGUUCCAGUCACAGAUCAUACAAUAAAUGAUAGCAAACAAUAGGUCUUGUUUCAGCAUUAAAUAUGUUCAGGCAUUUUCUUUAUGCAAAUGUGGCCACUUUUGUUUUCAUUCCAAUUCAUUCCUUCAUCAGUAUCCAGAUUUUUUCACUCUAGUAGGUUCUAGUAGUAAAGAUACAUCAGUUUCAGAGCUGUAAACUUAAUUUACUAUUUAACAGAACUAGACCUUUCUAAGGAAAAAAAUGAUAUAUUUUUUGUAAACACUGUUUUUAUCACAUACAUCCAUAAAUAGAACCAAAUAGUACAGUUGUAGACAUAGAUCGAAAAGGAAGUUAAGGGCUGGGUCCUGCCAGCUGUCUGCCUACAGAAUUCCUAUUGAUAUCAAUAAGAACUUGGCAGGUGUUGUUUCCAGUUUGGAGUGCUACUGACAGGCAUUAGUGGAGGGAAGACGUUUGGAUAUGCAACUGCCAAGUAAGCAAGAUAAGACGAACCUAAAAAGUCUGCCUUUGAUCUAAAAUAUCCUAUGUUUUCAAAAUAUCUGACUUGUUUGUAAGUACAAGUAAGUGAUAUUUAUGCUGCUGCAGUGUAAGUUCUUCAUUCCCAUUUUAAUCUGUUCCAAGGUACAUAAUUCUUCUGUAAAACUUUGUUCUGAGCUGAAACUCAACAUUCAAACUCAGACUGCAAGAUCUGAGUCACAGUCUGAUUCUUGGGCUGAUGGGUUUGCAAUAAUGUGCUCUCCCACACAAGUAGCUUGUGGCAACGCUGCGAUUUAACCCUCAGUUGCUACUCACAUGAGUAAAGUUAGACACAUGCACAAGAGAUCCUGGGAUCAGGGCCUUAGUGCUCAUACAUAUUUGGUUACAGUGGGUUUAGACAGAGUGCCUGUUACUGUCGUAUUUAAACACAGAUAAGCUUUGUCAACAAUUAUAGGUCGAAGAGCUUCAAAGCUAAAAAAAUCCUUUUUUUUUAAAUUUCCCAAUACAAAUUUGCAUUCUGGAGCAUGACAUAUUUUGAGCUUUCUAAUAACUCAUAUAUUUGCAAACUGACAAUUAAAGAGAAUAUUUGCAACACUGGCAUCAUUACAAACAUUUAAACAAUUUCAAAACUAAAAGUACACAUUUAAAAGGGAUUUUAAACCCUAAAACUACAUUUAUGCAAACAUUCUGAUUAACAAAAACAAAAAUGAAAACCAAUUUAUAACUUUCCAUAAUUUUUUUUAGAAAAAAUUAUAUCUCUAAACCUAUCCUUGAGCAAGCCUUGCAAGUAAUGCUCUGCACAGCUGUGCUGAAUAAUUGGGUUGAAUUCCUUCUUCUCUGGACCCAGAUAUGCAAGGUGUUGAACACAGUACUGCCAAGUCUCAUGAUUUUAUUAUGAGUCACUGUAUAUUUUCCUAAAACCCCAGGUCCUGGAGUCAUGUGAUCAUGCAAGACUCAGCAUUCAUUAAAAAAAAAAAAAAACUAAGUUUGUAGCUCUCAUGAUUGUGGGAAAAUACCUUAAAAUUUGAUCUCUACAGGCUCAAAAUA